AUGGACGAAGCACUGAGGCGCCUCAACGGCAUGCCACCCCUUUCCGAACCACCUCCCAACAACCCCAGAACCAAGCAGACCUUGCGAGACACCAGCACUGCCCCCACUGCCGGACCCAUGAGGUACCGCGGCGUUAGGCGGAGGCCAUGGGGUCGUUAUGCCGCCGAGAUAAGGGACCCUCAGUCCAAGGAGCGCCGUUGGCUGGGGACUUUCGACACUGCGGAGGAAGCUGCCUACGCCUACGACUGCGCUGCCAGAGCCAUGCGUGGCCAUAAGGCAACGACCAACUUCGUGUACCAUACUUUACCUUCUUACCCUUCUUCCAUCACCAUCACCAGCAACCAUAACAAUGUCCUCAACUGCCAUAACCACCUCUUCACUCAUAACCAGUUCAGCUUCCCUUAUCAUCAUAACCAACUCUUCAACGGCCAUAACCGCCACUUCGGAGUUUGGUCUGAACCUUUCUCUGCUUCAACCUUCGAGGAACAGCGAAACCUUGACUCCAUCAACAUGCUUCUCCACCGAGACUUGAUAGGCUCUUCUUCGUCCGACAAUUUAUCCUACAACAUGGGCAGUUUUGUCAAUUCACAUCCCGGCAAUGUUCCUAAUAACUACUCCCCACCUUGUUCUGACACGAGCAAUCUCGGUUGUGGCGGUGGAAGCAAGAUCGAUAAUACUAACAAUAAUGAAGCUGAUGGUGGUGACGAAGAAGACUCAAAGGAGCAAUUCUAUGAAGGUUCAGGGUCAUCAGGGUUGUUGGAAGAAAUAGUUAAGGGUUUCUUGAAGAAAAAGCCAAAGCUCAACAAAUGUGAGAGAUUGUUAGGUACCAGGACCACUGCUUCAGACGGUUCUUGCCACUCAUCAUUUCCUCCUCCUCCUCCUCCUCCUACUCCUCUGCUUGUUUUCGGCGAGUCAAAGAUAGACGAGGGUUUCGGCGUUCAUUUGGAUCAACAGGGUUUCCAAUACAUGCAGCAGAUUGGUGGUGGUUUCGAUAAUGAUUUUAGCAAUAUGGUUAUGCUGCCUAACAUCCCUCUUCAAGAGAAUAACAACCAAAUCAUGACGACCAUGAUGAUGAAUAAUGAUAAUAAUCAGCAGAACUAG